AUGUUGGAGUCCUAUGUGACUCCGAUUUUAAUGAGCUAUGUGAACAGAUACAUAAAGAAUUUGAAGCCUUCCGACUUACAGCUGUCCCUGUGGGGUGGAGAUGUUGUCCUUAGCAAGCUGGAACUUAAGCUGGAUGUUCUGGAACAGGAACUGAAACUUCCAUUCACCUUUCUCAGUGGACAUAUACAUGAGUUACGUAUACAUGUACCAUGGACGAAACUUGGGUCAGAAUCGGUAGUGAUAACAAUCAACACUAUGGAGUGCAUCCUGAAACUAAAGGAUGGGGCCCAGGAUGAUCAUGAAAGCAGCGGUUCCAGUUCUACCAGUCGCAGCAACACAGACAGCGCCAAGUCUCCAGUUAAACCGAAAAAAAUACAGCAGACAGCUCCUAGUGAUCCUGACUUACCACCAGGAUAUGUGCAGAGUUUAAUCCGACGUGUUGUCAAUAACGUGAAUAUCGUGGUAAACAACCUAAUCUUAAAAUAUGUUGAGGAUGAUAUUGUUUUGUCAGUCAACAUUACUUGUGCGGAAUGUUACACAGUGGACGAGUUCUGGGACCGAGCAUUUAUGGAUAUAUCUGCUACCGAACUGGUUCUUAGAAAAGUUAUACAUUUUUCUGACUGCACAGUUUGUCUUGACAAGCGAAAUGCUAGUGGGAAGAUAGAGUUUUACCAGGACCCUCUUCUGUAUAAGUGUUCUUUCCGAACCCGAUUGCACUUCACCCACGACAGCCUUAGUUCUAAAAUGCCAGCUGUGAUCAAGAUUCACACAAUGGUGGACAGUCUGAAACUUUCCCUUACCGACCAGCAACUCCCGAUGUUCAUUCGCAUAAUGCAAUUAGGAAUUGCCCUUUACUAUGGUGAGAUAGGAAACACUAAGGAAGAAUUGGAGGAUCCUCCCAGCCAUGCAAAGGACACCGUAAUUCAUAUGCCCGGAACUGAGGAAGAGUUGGUAGCAGGGAUGCAGUAUCCAGCACAAGACCUGUAUUAUUUGCAAGAUGAUGAUGAACAGCAAGGAUGGGUGUCAUGGGCCUGGUCUUUUGUUCCAGCUAUUGUAAGUUACAGUAAUGAUGGGGAAGAUGGCUACAUGGAAUCAGAAGAUGGAACUGCUUUCCAAGGAACAAAAUCUCAGCUGUCCAAAGAUCCAAUCAUCUCCAUAGGCUUUUACUGCACAAAGGCUACUGUAACGUUUAAGCUCACUGAAAUGCAAGCCGAGAGCAGCUAUUACAGCCCUCAGAAGGUGAAAUCCAGAGAAGUCAUACGAUGGGAACAAGAAGGGACAACAAUUGAGGUACUAAUGCAGGGAGAGCCUUUCUUCGAUUGCCAGAUUGGUUUUGUGGGCAGUCAAGCCAUAUGUUUGAAAGGAAUUAUGGGAAUAAAAGAUUUUGAGGAGAAUACAAACAGAUCUGAUUCUGAGGCCUGUUUCUUUACCUGUGGAGAGAGUUUAAGUAGCAAAGGGAACACUUAUCUUACUAACUCGCUAUUCGACUACCGAAGUCCAGAAAAUAAUGGAAUUCGAGCAGAAUUUAUAUUCGACUCCGCUUCCCAUAAGGAGACAUACACAGAGAUAGCCGGAAUGCAAAGGUUUGGAGCACUCUACAUGGAUUACCUGUACACAAUGGAGAGUACUAGUGCUAAAGGAUCAAUAAGCCAGCAAGAAUUUCCUACAUUGAAGCCGGAGGAGAUUAGUAAAUUCCAAGAAAUGUCCAUAAAGAGGGUUGUGAUUGGUCCCAUCGACUUAAGACUGGACAGCAGCUCAGUGCAUAGGAUCAUGAAGAUGGUGGCCUGCUCUUUCGAUCAUGAAUAUGAAGCUUACAGCUGUUCCCGCCCUGCUCCACUCGAAGAAUGUAAGACGUUACCAAGUUCUGAAGAGGUAGCAGCACUGGAGGAAUACAUACCAACACGACUAACCUGCGUCACAUUGCUGAAGUGUUCCAUUACCGUCACCAUGGCGGAGUUCAACCUGCUUGGGCAUUUACUCCCUGUUGUAAUGGGGCAUAAGCAUUCCGCAGGUACUUUAAGCACAACAAGUUUUCAGCCAAUACGACCUCUGCCUGCCAUCAAAAUUCUUGCAGAGAAAAUCAACUUUGAGCAUUCGGUGCCAAUGUAUGCAGAGCAAUUGGUUCAGACAGUGAGCAGCCUGAGCCAGCCCUCGGAUAACCUACUACACCACUGUUAUGCACACUGCUACCUGAAGGUGUUUGGCUUCCAAGCUGGCCUCACGUCUCUUAACAGCAAAGGAUCCUACUGCAGCCCUGUCCCUGUUAUCCCUGCCUUCAGCACAGCUUUGUAUGGAAAACUCCUGAGACUACCACAGUACUGGACAAAGCGCACCCAUGUUCCAGUCACAGAAUACAUCUUUGAACUUCCGAGUCUGACCGUUCAAGCCACAAGAGCUCAAACUCUUCUUCUUGAGUUGAUCAGUCAUAGUUGGUCUUUCAGUACAAACAGUUCUGGGUCUUCAGGUCUGAAUGAAGUACUGCUCAAUGAAGUCUUCCCAACUACAGGUGUGAAAUCCAAGAAUGCGCUGCCAACUCUGGAGGGUUCUAUCCAGAAUGUCGAACUGAAAUUCUGCAGCACAUCAUUGGUCAAAUGUGUCUCCGGGACCCUGGGAUCAAUAAAAAUUUGUGCCAAAGCCCCAGGUGAAGCUGGGAAGGAGAAGCUAAUCCCCUUGAUUCAGGGACCCUCAGACACCAAAGACCUGCACAGGAGCAAGUGGCUGAAAGAGACCAGAAAGCCAGAGUCUUUACUUGGUCCAGAUCUGAUUGCCUUUACAGUCCAGGUUCCCCAGCAGAUGGACUACUGCCACAGCUCUGGUGGUGUGUUACUGGCGAGCAUACAAGGGUUAGCAGUAAAUGUGGACCCAGUGAUAUACACAUGGCUUCUCUACCAGCCUCAGAAAAAAGGGGAGAGACAGACCCAACAGGUAAUGCCACUGGGAUCCGCUUCUCUUGCCAUGCCACUGUCGAGGAAGAAGGAGGAUGAGGUGUCAGUUGGCAGCACGCCUUUGGCAAAGCAGGCAUCAAAUCAACCGUCUGAGUAUGCCAGCAGCCCUGUCAAAACAAAAACCGUAACAGAAUCACGCCCUCUAUCGGUUCCAGCAAAGGUGGUGCAAACCUCCAAGGAGUCCAGCAAGACUUCGGAAGAGAGGAUGAAAGAGUUCAUGGGAAUUGUUUGGAAUGCAGUAAAGCGUCUUACACUUCAGGUCGAGAUCCAGUCGUGCUGCAUAUUCUUCCCCAGCGACAGUCUACCAUCACCAAGUACCAUUGUAUCUAGUGACAUCCCAGGCACUGUAAGAAGCUGGUACCAUGGCCAAACCUCCAUGCCAGGAACCCUUGUUGUCUGCUUGCCACAAAUCAAGAUCAUGAGUGCGGGUCACAAAUACAUGGAAGCAAUUCAAGAGAUCCCAUUUGUUGUACCCAGACCUAUAGUGGAGGAAGGUGUUGCAUUCCCUUGGACCAUCAACCUCCAGCAGUUCAGCGUCUAUACUCUCUUGGAACAUCAAGUAAUACUGAACUUAGUGGAGCCCAUGGGCUGUACCUCCACUCUGGCUGUGACAUCCAAUGCACUGCCCUCUGCUGGGCCCGAGGCUGGACACUCUUUUGUUGUCUGUCUUCAUGUUGAUCUUGAACCUCUAGAAAUAAAAUGCUCCAAUCCCCAGGUGGAGUUGUUGUACCAACUGACAGACACCAUGAGCAAAGUAUGCAAGAGGAUUCAGAAGAGAGGAGUAUUAUACCAGUCGUCCAUGUACUUUGACCCUUCAUCGGGUGCUGCUCCUAGUUCUCCAAUUAGAAGCAGCGUUGGCACCGCGCCUCCUGAUACCAGCACAUGCAGCCCAUCUGCUGAUAUUGGGACCACUACUGAGGGAGAUUCUAUGCAGGCAGCAGAGGACUCACCAUUUUCUGAUUCAGUUACCCUGGAGCAAACAACAAGUAAUAUCGGAGUGUCCAGCGGUCGAGUCAGUCUCUGGAUGCAGUGGAUGUUACCCAAAGUUACAGUAAAACUCUUUGCUGUGGAUCCCGGAAAUAAAGGAACAAAGAUCUGUGUAGUCAGUGAACUGGAGGACCUCAAUGCUUCUGUUGAUGUCCAAGAUGUCUAUACUAAAGUGAAAUGCAAGAUUGAAAGCUUCAACAUCGAUCAUUAUAGGAGCAGUCUUGGUGAAAACUGUUGGUGUCUUGGGCAAUAUGGCGGCGUUUUCCUUUCAUGUACCGACAAGCUGAACAGACGUACCACAUUGGUUCGACCCGUCAGCAAGCAAGACCCCUUCAGUAACUUUUCUGGCUUCUUCCCAUCUACCACAGCAAAACUCUUAGAGAGUUCUCACCAACAGCAUGGCUUUAUUUCUCUCACAUACACCAAAGCUGUGACCAGGAACGUGCGCCACAAGUUGACCACUAGAGGUGAAAGGACUUCUCGGAACUUUCAGAAGCUUUGUGAAGGUUCAUCAGAUGGUUCUCCUCACUUCCUUCAUGAAAUCUUAAUUUCAGCACAAGCCUUUGAUGUUGUCCUAUUUUUCCCUUUGCUUAAUGCAAUCUCAAGUAUUUUUGAAGCUAGGCGAGCUCGAAGCCAAAAGGAGAAACAUAAGUCAUCUGGGCAACCCAUGAGGUCACACACACUAACCUCUCGGAGUCUUCCAUUGAUCUACAUCAAUGCUAGUGUCAUCAGAGUGUUCAUUCCCAAAGCUGAAGAAAGACAACCAAAUGUAGCAGCCAAUCAAAUUAUGAAUGAAGAUACCUUAGUGCUAAAAAUUGGAUCAGUUUCCAUGGCCCCACAAGCAGACAACCCACUCAGUCGGAGUGUAUUGAGAAAAGAUAUUUAUCAACGUGCUUUGAAUUUGGGAAUCCUCAGAGAUCCAGGAUCAGAAGUUGAGGACAGACAGUAUCAGAUUGACCUGCAGUCAAUUAAUAUUGGCACAGCUCAGUGGGAGCAGCUGAAACCAGAGAAGGAGAGUAACAAUGGUGGAUUGCUGACAGAGGCAGAUAGAGGCUCCCAGAAUCCCGCACUGGAGUGGAACAUGGCCAGCAGCAUAAAGCGGCAUCAGGAACGUCGAGCAAUACUGAGUCCGAUUUUAACAGAUUUCACAGUGAGAGUUACAGCUGCUCCAGCGAUAAUCUUCAGUAAAGUGUCUGGACAUGACAACAUGCACCCUGAGGAUAUUUUAGUGUGUGGCCAUUCCUUGGAAGUGAAUAUUACCACAAGCUUGGACUUCUUCCUAAGUGUGGCUCAAGUACAACUUCUGCAACAGCUGGUACAAGCCAACAUGGUUGGAUUUGAACAAACAAACAUGGCCGCUGAGGUUUCAAAACAGGAACAGAAAAGAGAUGCUGCUGAAGGUCGCACAGCAGAUACAUCAUCCCGCUACAGUGGUGCCCAGGACAGUGGCAUUGGUAGUGAUAGUGUAAAAAUAAGAAUAGUUCAGAUUGAACCUGGUGGCACGAGCCAUCACAGAAUUGUACGCCCAUCCAAACAGUCCUCCAUUGUAAAAAAUCUUAACUUCAUACCCUUUGAUAUCUUUAUCACUGCCAGCCGAAUAUCCUUAAUGACAUACUCGUGCACUUCAGUGUCUAAAUCAAAGGUGGACACCAGUGAUGGUGAGAAGGUUGAAAAAAGUUCCCUGAACUUAACAAGUACAGAAUCGGAUGAGGUACUGGACAAAUCUGCUCUCUCUGGCAUCUCCACCUUGACAGCUGAGGACCUCCUAACCAGCAACUCCUCUCCUCCAACUAAUGGGAAAGUUGGCCUCUUUUCUCUAGAGAGACUUCAUGCUUCAACAAGAUCCUCUGCUCGUCAGGCACUGGGCAUUACCAUUGUCCGUCAGCCUGGCCGAAGAGGAACUGGUGAUCUGCAGUUGAAUCCGUGCCUUUAUCUCACAGUGUCUCAGCCAUCUUUGUUGAUCAGCUGCCACCACAGGAAACAGAAGGUGGAGGUAUCGCUCUUUGAUGCACUACUUAAAGGUGUGGAUCCAGAAUACAAAUGUUCAGAUGCUGGGAAGACAUUGCCAGAAAGCCUUGAUUUCACCAAAAUCUGGCUACAGACAGCAGCAGGAGAAGUCAAUGCCAGAACAGGGAUUCCUCCACCAUUCAUCACGGUACAAAUAAAAGAUUUCCUGAAUGGACCAGUUGAUGUCAACGUUGAUGUAUCAAGACCCCUAAAAGUCAACUUGAGUCUUGUCAAGUUGGACCAGGUUAACCAUUUUCUGGAAAGGACCAUGAAGACUGGGGCUUGCCCUCCGCCAGAAAUCGCAUUGUCAGCUGAUGGACUCCUGCCACAUGAUGAGACUUUAAAUAUGGCAUCAGCCUGUAGAAAGGAUUCUGUUACUCUGACCCAAGAAACUUCAAAAUCUUGUUCAUCAUCUGAAGAAGGAAUGUGGAGAUUAGCAUCUUUUUUCCAGAAGAUCACUUUACAAACAACACAAGUGUUUCUUUCCUUUGAGACAGUGCCACACCCAAAGAGUCCCUGCAUUCUGACAUCUUUCUCAGAUCUUCAGGGGUGUCUUAAUAUUCAAGCAGGAAAUAAAGUAUUGGAUUCAAUCUCUGCGGCAUCAUUUAUGCUGAAUGUAAGUGAUUUUCUUCUAAAAACAAGCCUGAAGGACAGAAGCAGGAAUCUCAUAGGUCCAGUUUCUGGUUCUAUAAAUCUGGAUGCCAACUGGUGCAAACAUAGUGGGAACCCAGGCCUCUCCCGGUCAUCUCCGAAAAUUCUCAUUGAUGUGAGAUGUGGAGUACUUCAGGUUUUCUGGGGUCAGGAAAACCUGAAUUGUUUAAUGCUCUUAAAUGAACUCGUCCAAGAAUACCUGAGAAAAAAGUUGGGAUUGGGCACACCAAGUCCUGAACAGUACGUUCUCCCGGUAUCACCUGCUGCUGUUAGACCCACAACCUGUAAGACAGAACAAAGUUCUGAUGACCUGAGAACAGGUUUUUUUCAGUACAUUCAAGAUGCUGAUGCACAAAAAAUUCCCAAUGCUUAUGAAGUGGUAUUCUACAAUGAGACAGAGGACAGUCCGGGGAUGAUGCUGUGGAAAUAUCCUGAACCUAGAGUUUUAACACUGGUCCGAAUAACACCUGUGCCUUUCAACACCACUGAGGACCCUGACAUCAGCACUGCUGAUCUGGGAGAUGUCCUGCAGAUCCCCUGUAGCCUUGAGUACUGGGAUGAGCUCCAGCGGACAUUUGUUGCCUUCCGUGAGUUCAGCCUAUCCGAGAGCAAACCAUGUGAGCUUCAGCUACCCAAUAUAACCACGGUCAAUGACCAGAAGGAAUUGGUAGCUUCAGAUCUUUGGCGAAUUGUAUUGAAUGGCAACGUCAGUGCCAUGGAUGAUCAAAGCUCUGAAAGUGAAGCCGGCUCUCAAAGUGCUUGUGACCAGCUAGUGACUCCAACAGCACUUGCAGCUUGUACAAGAGUUGAUUCCUGUUUCACCCCGUGGUUGGUUCCAUCGUUUGGAGUGUCUGUUCAGUUUGCGCACCUGGAGCUACACUUGUGUCACCAUCUGGAUCAGUUAGGCUCAGUGCCACCCAGAUGUCUGCAGCCUUUUAUUUGUGAUAAAACAAUGCCCAGUGACCUGGAAUAUAUGGUAGUGUCUCUGAAGGAACCGCAGGUUUACCUGCGUCAGUGGAGCGGAUCGACUCUUUGCAAAGAGGUGCAGUUCUCCAGUGAAGCAGACUGCAAGCUCUUGGAAUGCCGGAACCUCACCAUGAGAAGCCUGGUGAAGCAAUUCCAUGUGCAAGGUCAGGUGGCCAUAUCGGUUGGAACCCUGGAAAAAUUAAUUGAUAGCGCCGUUCUGGUGGAUCCAAUAGUCAUGGACUUUGGGCAGCACUCUGUGCACUCUAUUAGCACUGCAAUCCAGGCUUGGCAGCAGAACCAGUGCCCUGAGGCAGAGGAGUUGAUCUUUAGCCAUUUCGUCGUCUGUAAUGACACACAGGAGACACUGCGGUUUGGCCAAGUGGAUACCGAUGAGAACAUAGUGCUGGCCAGUGUCCAUAGCCACCAGUACUGCUGGCGCUCACACAAGUCCCCACAGCUGCUUCACAUCUGUAUCGAGGGCUGGGGAAACUGGCGCUGGUCAGAGCCCUUCAACGUGGACAACGCAGGGACGUUUAUCCGGACCAUUCACUAUAAGGGCAGGACUGCAAGUCUGAUCAUAAAAGUGGAGCAGCUGAACGGGGUGCAAAAACAAGUGAUAAUCUGUGGAAGGCAGAUCAUUUGCAGUUAUUUGUCAGAGAGCAUUGAGCUGAAGGUAGUCCAGCACUGUGUGGGACAAGAUGGCCAAGUUGUGGUGCAAGAGCAUUUUGACUGCCUAACAGAGAAGCAGAAACUACCUUCCUAUGUACUGGAAAACACUGAGCUUACGGAAAUGUGUCUAAGAGCAAAAGGAGAAGAAGAAUGGUCUCGAGAUGUUUGCCUGGCUGCUGAUGCUACUGAUCACAGCUUCAUCCUUCAGGUGCCAUCAUCAAACAGAGCCAUUAUUUAUGUGUGGUGCACACUGCUAACCUUGGAGCCCAACUCUCAAGUACAGCAAAGGAUGAUCGUGUUCAGCCCCCUCUUUAUCAUGAGGAGCCAUCUUCCCGACCCCAUUAUUAUACAUUUAGAAAAGAGAAGCCUUGGCCUAGAUGAAGCACAAGUGAUUCCUGGAAAAGGACUGGAAAAGCAGCUGCAGAACAUCGAGCCAGACCUCACUCAUCACUUAACAUUCCAAGCGAGAGAGGAAGAAGAGCCUUCAGAAUGUGCUGUUCCAAUCUCGACAGCUCUGAUUAAACAAAUUGCCAUGAAAGCACAAAGCGAGUAUUCUGCAAGUCAAAUUAUUUCCGACUUUUACGGAGGAGAUUGCAACACUCUGCCUGCAUGGCCAUACACUAAAAAAGAUACAGAUAGUGUGGAGCACCUGGCUCAGUGGGACAGCCCUAUGCGGGUGAAGCUUUCCCUCUGGAAGCCCCAUCUCAAGACUAUGCUGAUUGAACUGCUCCCAUGGGCUCUACUCAUCAACCAAUCCAGAUGGGACCUUUGGUUAUUUGAGGGCGAGAAUAUAAUUCUUCAAAUCCCUGCUGGAAAAACCAUAAUUCCUCCUAACUUCAAGGAGGCUUUUCAGCUUGGCAUCUACUGGGCCAAUACGAACACGGUUCACAAAUCUGUGGCGGUCAGGUUGGUUCAUGACAUGACCUCUCCAAAAUGGAAAGAUGGAGAUAACGGUGAAGUGGUGUCACUGGAUGAAGAAGGAUUUGUUGAUGCCAACAUCAAACUAGGAUCUUUUCCUGGACAUCAAAAGCUUUGUCAGUUUAGCAUUUCAUCAAUGGUCCGAAACGGAAUUCAGAUUUUGCAGAUUGAAGACAAGACAACUAUCAUUAACAACACUACAUUUAAGAUUUACUACAGCCCGCAGAUGUGUGUUUCUCUGCAGAAUUCUGAUGAAGAGUAUGUGCCUGUACCAGACAGCACUGUGUUCAGCAUCAGCCCAGCUGGGGAACAUAAUGUCGCCAAAUCCAACACAUUUCCUUGCUGGGAUCUCAUCUCGGACACCAGUAACUGCACAGCAGAGACGCCUCCUCUCCAGAAGUACAUUCUCCUCAGCUUGUGCCACAAUGCCACGGCUGGAAGCGCUGAGUGCUGGAGUCUACCCACCGUCAUUCGCCAGGAGUUCCCCCGGCAGAGUGUGACCGUGCCACUAGGAGACUGCGGUGGAAAUGACUUGUGCACAAAGGCUGUGGUGUUGACAUAUCAGGAACAUCUUGGUGUGACCUAUUUAACCCUUACAGAAGACCCAAGUCCUCGUGUUAUUAUCCGGAACAGGUGCACUGUGCCAUUAUUACUGAAAGAAAAUAUCAAAGAUACCCCAAAGUUUGCAGUUUAUUGCAGAAAAAUCCCAGCAGAAUGUUCAGUUCAUCAUGAAAUGUAUCAUCAAGUGUCCAGCUUUCCAGACUGCAGAACCAAGGAUUCCCUCCCCGGCAUCUACCUGAAAGUGCAAGCAUGUGAUGAUACGACAGCAGAGUGGAGUGACCUGAUUGAUAUUAACAGCCAAGUCACACAGGUGGUUUUGUUGACGGGCUAUGGCUAUGUGUAUGUGGAUGUUAUCCAGCACUGUGGGGCCAUAAUCAUUACACUAGCACCCGAGGGAAGAGCUGGGCCCAUUCUGACAAGUCUCAACAGGAUUCAGAACCAGAAGAUUGUAUUUAGAUCCUUCAUCACUCAGCUCAGUGUUGGGAUUUAUGAUGAUGUCACCAUCCACAAAACCUCCUCUGAGCUCAUUCGCCUAACACUAGAUAAUGUGUUCCUCCAGAUGGCACCAGUCACUAGCUACCUGCGACAGCCUUGUCGGGAGCUGCAGGCGGACAUGACCUACGGUAUGCCCACCUUUUACAGCCUGGAAGUGUACUGUGGAGAUUUGCAGUUGGACAACCAGUUGUACAGCAAAUCUCACUUCCACUUUCCUGUGCUGGUUUGCCAAGAGGAGAGAAGUGAAUGUACCAAAUGGCCAAAAGCUGGUGCUCUCCACAUGUCUACCAAUGAACUAGAAGAAUACAAGGAAGCUUCGUUCCUCAAGCUCUUUGUUACCCUUUCUGUAGAACAAGAAGUCUAUGACCUGAAUGAACUGAGCUUUGAUUUGAAGCCUUCUCGUCUUUAUGUGGAGGACACUUUUGUUUAUUAUAUGAAGACCCUAUUUGAUACAUAUCUUCCAGACAACAAAUUGCUGCAGGGCCACGUUAAAGCGUCUGGCAUUAAGCUUACUCCUUUGCUGCCAGAGCAAGUCAGGCAACAUGCAUUAGCGUUAGUCAGCCCGAUUAAACUGAGAAGACUGACAGUGCAACCUGUUAACCUGCUGGUCAGCAUCCACGCAUCCCUGAAGUUGUACAUUGCCUCAGACCACACACCCUUAUCUUUCUCUAUGUUUGAACGCGGACCAAUCUUCACCACUGCAAGGCAGCUAAUACACGCCCUCGCCAUGCAUUAUGCUGCAGGUGCCCUCUUCCGAGCAGGUUGGGUCGUCGGAUCUCUGGAAAUUUUAGGAAGCCCAGCCAGCCUGGUGAGAAGUAUUGGGAAUGGCAUAGCUGACUUCUUCCGCCUCCCCUAUGAAGGCCUCACACGUGGACCUGGAGCUUUUGUGAGUGGAGUUUCGAGGGGAACCACAUCCUUUGUCAAGCACAUUUCCAAAGGUACACUCACCUCUCUGACUAACUUGGCCACCAGCUUGGCUCGGAACAUGGACCGCCUGUCCCUGGAUGAGGAGCAUUACAACAGGCAGGAGGAAUGGAGGAGGCAGCUGCCGGAUAACCUGGGAGAAGGCCUAAAGCAGGGCCUGUCCCGUCUGGGGAUCAGUCUGCUGGGAGCGAUAGCCGGCAUAGUAGACCAGCCCAUGCAGAACUUCCAGAAGACCUCCGAGGCCCAGGCAUCUGCUGGACACAAAGCCAAAGGUGUUAUCUCCGGAGUGGGGAAAGGGAUUGUUGGCGUCUUUACCAAGCCAAUUGGAGGAGCAGCCGAGCUGGUGUCACAGACAGGAUAUGGUAUACUACAUGGUGCUGGCCUCUCCCAGCUUCCCAAACAAAGAUACCUAUCCAAAGACCUGCAAUCACAGCAAGCAGCCAACAGCCAUGUGAAAUAUGUCUGGAAAAUGCUGCAAUCUUUGGGCCGGCCGGAGCUGCACAUGGCACUGGAUGUAAUCAUUGUCAGCGGCUCUGGACAGGAGUACGCCGGCUGCCUGCUGCUGACUUCAGAAGUUCUGUUUGUGGUCAGUAUCAGUGAGGACACCCAGCAGCAGGCCUUCCCCGUCACUGAAAUAGACUGUAUGGAGAAACGUGGCUCUGAGAACUCCCUCCUGGUGCAGCUCAAACAGCAACCUGUCACCAGUGACGCAGAGCCUGACGGCGCCAGGGAACGUCUCUCUGAACAGCAGUACAGCCGGCUCGUUGACUACGUUGCGAAGAGUUCCCCUCAUCUGAUCCCCAGCCAAUCUUCCCUGCAGCUUGCUGCCCAGGUAGUAGCUGCCGAACCUCCUCCAACCAACAUAAAGACGUACCAAUUCCUGGUAGAGGCUGCAUUCGCCAGAGUGUUCAUUAGCAAAUUCAGAAUGGUGAAAAAUAAGGCGCUUCGAAAGGGAUUUCACUGAUAGCUUGUGGUGGUGAACUGUAAGAGAACAGGUGCCCAUUCAAGGAA